CCUGUUUCAGUCAUCAUGUCUAAGUCUGAGUCUCCCAAAGAGCCAGAGCAGCUGUGGAAGCUCUUCAUUGGAGGUCUGAGCUUUGAAACAACCGAUGAGAGUCUGAGGAGCCAUUUUGAGCAAUGGGGAACACUCACGGACUGUGUGGUGAUGAGAGAUCCAAACACCAAGCGCUCCAGAGGCUUUGGGUUUGUCACCUAUGCCACUGUGGAGGAGGUGGAUGCAGCCAUGAAAUCAAGGCCACACAAGGUGGACGGAAGAGUGGUGCAACCAAAGAGGGCUGUCUCAAGAGAAGAUUCUCAAAGACCUGGUGCCCACUUAACUGUGAAAAAGAUUUUUGUUGGUGGCAUUAAAGAAGACACUGAUUAACAUCACCUAAGAGAUUAUUUUGAACAGUAUGGGAAAAUAGAAGUGAUUGAAAUCAUGACUGACCGAGGCAGUGGCAAAAAGAGAGGCUUUGCUUUUAUAACCUUUGAUGACCAUGACUCUGUAGACAAGACUGUCAUUCAGAAAUACCACACUGUGAAUGGCUACAACUGUGAAGUAAGGAAAGCUCUAUCUAAGCAAGAGAUGGCUAGUGCUUCCUCCAGCCAAAGAGGUCGAAGUGGUUCUGGAAACUUCGGAGGUGUUUGUGGAGGUGGUUUUGGUGGAAACGACAACUUUGGUCGUGGAGGAAACUUCAGUGGCCGAGGUGGCUUUGGUGGCAGCCGUGGUGGCGGUGGAUAUGGUGGCAGUGGGGAUGGCUGUAAUGGCUUUGGUAAUGAUGGAAGCAAUUUUGGAGGUGGUGGAAGCUACAAUGAUUUUGGCAAUUACAAACAUCAAUCUUCAAAUUUUGGGCCUAUGAAAGGAGGAAACUUUGGAGGCAGAAGCUCUGGCCCUUAUGGUGAUGGUCAAUGCUUUGCCAAACCACGAAACCAAGGUGGCUAUGGCAGUUCCAGCAGCAGCAGUAGCUAUGGCAGGGGCAGAAGGUUUUAAUUACUGCCAGGAAACAAAGCUUAGCAGGAGAGGAGAGCCAGAGAAGUCACAGGGAAGCUACAGGUUACAACAGAUUUGUGAACUCGGCCAAGCACAGUGGUGGCAGGGCCUAGCUGCUACAAAGAAGACAUGUGUUAGACAAUACUCAUGUGAAUGGGGGAAAAAACUCGAGGACUGUAUUUGUGACUAAUUGUAUAACAGAUUAUUUUAGUUUCUGUUCUGUGGAAAAUGUAAAGCAUUCCAACCAAGGGUUUUAAUGUAGAUUUUUUAUUUUGCACCCAUGCUGUUGAUUGCUAAAUAUAAUAGUCUGAUCAUGACGCUGAAUAAAUGUGUCUU